AACCAAUAAUAAACAAGAGGGUUUUGUGUGAUUUAGUGGCGUUACGACAGAAAAAAAAUAUCAGUAGGGUUAUCAGAAAAGAAAGGGUCUUUUGGUAUUCUGAAGUGAUCAGGCUCAACAAUGGCAACUUCUUCGAAGAUCGCAACUUUGAUGAGCGACCACGAGAGAUAUGUGACCACGUUCGCCGAAUACUCGAAACGGUGUAGAAAAUAUGAGGUCUUGGACAAAUGGAUCAGCUUGUCUUUUCCUGAGAAAAUUGUCAACGCAAUUGAUGUUAAGGAGGCGGAAGAGUUUAAAAUGCUGGGAGUCGGGAGCGGAACAGGUCAAGUUGAGACAAGCGCAUUGAAACAGCUGUUAACUAAGUGGCCUAUGAUAAAUCACACUGUCGUCGAGCCCAACUCAGAACUCAUUGCUCAAUUUAAAGACUUAGCUACGAGGGAAGGCAACGGUCUUCAUGGCGUGUCGUUCAAUUGGCAUAAUCUGACGGUGGAGCAGUUCCGUCAUGAAACUUCUGACCAAUCAAAGAAGUACAAUUUAAUCAUGGCUGUCCAGAUACUCUACUAUGUAGAUAAUGUCGAAGAGGUUCUAAAAUACUUGACAAGUCUUUUGGAAGAUGGCGGUAUACUCUUUGUGAUAAUGGUUGCCGAAAAUAGUUGUUUUUCGAGGAUUGCCCAGAAAUUCCCUCAGUUGGAGAGCGAGAUUCAACACGCCAUUUCCAGCAGACAUAUUGAACAAAUGCUAACUGCCAACCAAAACGAAUUCAAAACGUAUGAGAUUGAAACUAAAAUUGAUUCUACCGGUUGCUUAGAUGGCGAUUCAGAACAAGGAGACCAUUUGAUUGACUUCAUAACUCAAGUUGCGUACUUGAAGAAACAGGCGUCCGAAUCUUUGUAUAACGAGAUAAUCGAAUUCAUUAAAAGUGAUAACGUUAGUUUGCCAAAAACUGACGAUGGUAGAAGUUGGAUUAGAUGUAACUAUGAUGCAAUUUUCGUCAAGAAUUAAGCUCAUUAGUAUAAUCGGUAAUGCGUAAGUCAAACGAUAAGUAUAACAUGUCCGUUUUUGAAAGAUUUUCAAUCAGAACAAAGAAAGCGCCAGAGAUUCCCUGACGAGGGCACAAAGGUCCCCAUCUGACGAGAGUCCCACGAUCUCAGACGGGGUCCACACCCGCCUUCAUCCCUACCAUGGCUGAUUUUAUUAAUAGGCACCUCUAGAUUCUCAGAAAUGGCCCUCUCAGUCUGUAGGCCUAAAAAAUAUUUUUCAUAGCAGUGUUGCCCGACAAGAUUAUCGAAUCUGGGAUUCAUUGUUUCCCGAAUGGGGAUCCUGUGACCUGGCCUAACUUCAGCUGGCGCCGCCAUUACUGAUUCAGAACCCAUGGAAAAUUUAAGAGAAAUAAAAUGUACUUGUUGAAAUAUGUUGAAAUAUUUUGUUUGGAUACUUAUAUUGAAUAAACAAGGAGUUUACUAUCAGUA